CAACAGCUGGAGUGCCGGCUCGCCAGUGGGCAGCGCGGGCGGGCUGGGGGUGUGCACGCGUGGCUGUGCAAAGCAGCCCCAGCAGGCCAAGGAAAGGGUCCGUCUCUUUCCCCCCCUCCCCUCCAAGUCCUGGGGGGGGGCCUCCCAAGUUCUCCAAAGAGCCCUCCCGCUUCCCUUUCCCCCUUCCCCAAAUGGCCCCGGAGACCUGGAGGAGGAGAGCCUUUUGCGUAAAUGCGCAGCAGCAGCAGCAGAGCGCAUCCUCGGAGAGAAGCUAAACUUCUCCUGCCGGGCGAGCCGGGACGGAAGGCCAGCUGCUGCCCCGGCCACUCCUGCCUGACAGCCGCGCCCGGCCCCCCUCGGGGGCCCUGGAUGAGCUGCGCCCCGGAGCCCGGCCAGGAGGAGGUGAAGAAGAGGCCGAGGACGGGGGGACCCUGCCCAGCGCCCCCUCCCCAGCGCCGGCUGCCUGCCUGGCUGGGCGUCCGAGGAGAGGCAGGGAGAGGCGGACGGGAGGAUGACGGAGGUGGGGACGCCCGCCGGGAGCUCAGCAGCAGCAGCAGCAGCGGCGACGGCAGCAGCAGCAGCAGCAGGUCCGGCCAGGCACGGCACCUGACAGAAGGUCCAGUUGGUUUGUCCCUCCCUUCUCAAUGGGACAGCUCUUCGUCCUGCGCAGUUACGUGCUGGAGAGAAUGAAGACCUCUAACGUUUCUACCAAGGUUUCUUAGAGCUGCCGGAAGAGGACCAGUGAAGAUGUUGGCAAAGCUUCCUGUGCUUGCGCUGGCUUUGCUCUCCAAAAGUGUCUUCCUUUCUCUAGGUGACCAUAACUUUUUAAGGAAAGAAAUUAAAAUCGAAGGGGACCUGGUGCUGGGAGGUCUCUUCCCAAUUAAAGAAAAGGGCACUGGUGCUGAAGAGUGUGGAAGAAUCAAUGAAGACCGAGGCAUCCAAAGGCUGGAGGCCAUGCUGUUUGCCAUUGAUGAGAUCAACAGAGACAGCCACUUGCUCCCAGGGAUUAAGCUCGGAGUUCAUAUUUUGGAUACUUGCUCACGAGACACCUACGCGUUGGAACAGUCCCUGGAGUUUGUUAGGGCUUCUUUGACUAAAGUGGACGAAGCAGAGUACAUGUGUCCUGAUGGCUCAUAUGCGGUUCAAGAAAACACCCCCUUACUCAUUGCAGGGGUCAUCGGAGGAUCUUAUAGCAGCGUUUCCAUACAGGUUGCAAACUUGCUCCGGCUCUUCCAGAUUCCUCAGAUCAGCUACGCCUCCACCAGUGCCAAGCUGAGUGAUAAGACCCGGUACGACUACUUUGCAAGGACGGUGCCUCCAGACUUCUAUCAAGCCAAGGCCAUGGCUGAGAUUCUGCGCUUCUUUAACUGGACGUAUGUGUCCACGGUUGCCUCGGAAGGAGACUAUGGAGAAACAGGGAUUGAAGCCUUUGAACAAGAAGCCCGGCUAAGGAACAUCUGCAUCGCCACCUCUGAGAAGGUCGGCCGAUCCAACAUUCGAAAGUCCUAUGACAGCGUCAUUAGAGAACUCCUCCAGAAGCCCAACGCGAAAGUGGUCGUCUUGUUCAUGCGCAGCGAUGACUCUCGGGAACUCAUCGCUGCAGCCAACCGGUUCAAUGUCUCCUUUACCUGGGUGGCCAGUGAUGGCUGGGGAGCCCAGGAGAGUGUGGUCAAGGGCAACGAACAUGUUGCCAAUGGGGCCAUCACUUUAGAGCUUGCUUCCCAUCCAAUCAAAGAGUUUGAUAGAUACUUCCAGAGUCUCACCCCCUAUACUAACCAUCGCGAUCCCUGGUUUAAGGAUUUCUGGGAGCAGAAAUUCCAGUGCAGCCUUCAGAACAGGAAAACCCACAAAAAAGCUUGUGACAAGCAUUUGUCUAUUAACAGUUCCAAUUACGAACAAGAAUCCAAGAUCAUGUUCGUUGUAAACGCGGUGUAUGUCAUGGCCCAUGCCUUGCAUAAAAUGCAGCGGACAAUGUGUCCAAACACUACCAAGCUCUGUGACAGCAUGAAGCAUUUGGAUGGCAAGAAGCUCUACAAAGACUAUUUGCUCAAAGUCAACUUUACAGCUCCCUUCCGUUCUUCCAAGUCUGCAGACAGCCUGGUUAAGUUUGAUACUUAUGGUGACGGGAUCGGGAGAUACAACGUCUUCAACUUCCAGCAAGCCGGAGGCCGGUAUUCCUACCUGAAAGUGGGACAGUGGGCUGAAACCUUGACUCUGGAGGUCAACGCUAUUCACUGGUCCAGAGGCCUUGUUCCCGUGGCCCAGUGCAGUGACCCCUGUGCGCCCAACGAGAUGAAGAAUAUGCAGCCCGGAGAUGUGUGCUGCUGGAUCUGCAUUCCCUGUGAGUCUUUUGAGUACCUGGCUGAUGAAUUCACCUGCAGAGACUGUGGCCCAGGACAAUGGCCCACCGUUGACCUCACCAGCUGUUAUGAUCUACCAGAAGAUUAUAUCAAGUGGGAAGAUGCGUGGUCCAUCGGACCGGUGACUAUCGCAUGCUUGGGCUUCAUUUGUACUUUCCUAGUGGUGGGGGUUUUCAUCAAGCACAACAACACGCCUCUGGUGAAGGCUUCCAGCCGCGAGUUGUGCUAUAUCCUUCUUUUCGGAGUCUUCCUCUCCUACAGCAUGACCUUCUUCUUCAUCGCCAAGCCUUCUCCAGCCAUAUGCACCUUGCGUCGUUUGGGUCUGGGAACGUCCUUCGCCAUUUGCUACUCGGCUCUCCUGACCAAAACAAACUGCAUUGCCAGGAUAUUUAAUGGGGUGAAAAAUGGGGCGCAGAGGCCGAAAUUCAUCAGCCCCUGUUCUCAAGUCCUCAUCUGCCUGAGUCUCAUCAUGGUGCAAAUUGUGCUGGUGUCCGUGUGGCUGAUUUUAGAAGCUCCGGGCACUCGCCGACACACCCUUCUGGAGAAGAGGCAGACGGUCAUCUUGAAAUGCAAUGUCAAAGAUGCCAGCAUGCUCAUCUCUUUAACAUAUGAUGUGAUCCUCGUCCUCUUAUGCACUGUGUAUGCCUUCAAAACAAGGAAGUGCCCAGAAAAUUUUAAUGAAGCCAAAUUUAUUGGAUUCACCAUGUACACAACUUGCAUUAUUUGGCUGGCAUUCCUGCCAAUCUUUUAUGUGACGUCAAGUGACUACAGGGUGCAGACCACCACCAUGUGCAUCUCUGUCAGCCUGAGUGGCUUCGUUGUCCUGGGCUGCUUGUUUGCUCCUAAAGUGCAUAUCGUUCUCUUCCAACCACAGAAGAAUGUGGUCACUCACAGGCUGCACCUCAACAGGUUCAGUGUCAGUGGGACAGGAACCAGUUAUUCCCAAGCCUCAGCAAAUGUCUACGUUCCAACGGUUUGCAAUGGAAGAGAAGUUGUGGAUUCCACCACCUCCUCCUUAUAAUCCUUCGGCCGGCUUUUGUAUUCUUACAUGGUUAGAGAGAAAAGCACAUUCCUUGUGCACCCUGGGAUAAAAAGCGACCCUUUUAAAAGGACUAGCAUUUCUUUUCUAGAAACCGUGUAAUAAAUUAUUUUUGAGGACUGUACAGUCUAUGUGCUGCUCUUUCCAGAGCAACUUUAGGGCCCUUCUGAGAUUAACUGUUCUAAGGGAUGUAUAAAUAGCUAUGAUUCAAAUAGUGCCAGUAGGUUGACCUCAGCGGUGAAGAGGAUGAUAAAAUUGCCAUGUUAGGUGGCUUUCUUUCUAACAUGAGACUUUUUUUUUCUUUUUGUAACUCCUUGUUGUAAUUUAGAUUGCAUUUCUAUGUUGUAUAUUAUAGUUACAUUCUGUGCGACAAGAUGGUUUUCAUGGCAGUAUUAAAGACGUCCGUAAUAAAAUCA